CGACUUCGAUUGACCCAUCCGCAAACCUAACUUCAAGAAAACGGCAUUUGUAACACGGGGGUGAAAUUUCCAACUUCAGCUUUUUUGUUUCACGAAAAUCUUGUUUUGUCUUCACCAACCGAUAACAGGAACACAGAGAAGCGGGAAUGGGCAACUGCAGCAGUCUUCGUGAGAGACGGAAGAGAUCAGAUGAGCUAAUGGGUCAGAAGCUAUGCGCAAUGGAAAGUGACGAUCCAACUCACGAGGGCAUAAAGACGGUACCAGCAACUGGUUCGUCUCUUUGUGUUUGCAUAGUGACGUGGAACAUGAAUGGGAAGUUAUCCUCAGGGGAUCUUGAAGAGCUUGUCCGAAGGGACAGAAAAUUUGAUCUCCUGGUUGUUGGGCUGCAAGAAGUACCAAGGCUUAAUGUUCGGCAAAUGUUGCAAGCAACUCUAGAGGAAACUCACAGUCUUCUAGGAGAAGCCACCAUGAAAUCUCUUCAACUUUUCCUCUUUGGCAACAAGAACACGGAGCCCUACCUUAGAGAUAUAAAAGUGGAUAAGCAUGCGGUUGGGGGUCUGGGAGGCCUAAUAGGAAGAAAGAAGGGAGCCGUGGCUAUAUACAUCAACUUUAGUGGUAUUCGCAUGGUCUUCAUAUCUUGCCAUCUUUCAGCUCAUGCUCACAAAGUAGAGGAGAGGAACUCACAGUGCAAGCACAUCUCCCACUCAAUCUUCUCCAUCGACCAAAAUCCUUGUCCAAGACCCUGUCAUCUCACUGUCUGGUUAGGAGACCUCAAUUACAGGAUAGAGGGGAUAAGCAAUCAGCCUGCAAGAAGCCUGAUACGUAAAAACCUUCACAGUGUACUCACCGGGAAAGAUCAACUUCUGCAAGAGGCUGAACGAGGAGAAGUAUUCAAUGGCUAUUGCGAGGGGACGAUAUCUUUCAAGCCUACAUACAAAUAUGAUGUAGGAAGUAGCGACUAUGACACGAGCCACAAAAUCAGAGUACCAUCAUGGACAGACAGGAUCCUCUUCAAAGUUGAAAAUCAUAAGAGCAUUCAAGCAGUUUUGAGCACAUAUGAAUCAAUUGAUGACAUCAACAGCUCUGACCAUAAACCAGUGAAAGCUCAUCUCUGUUUGAAAGUAAACAGCGUAUAAAUCUCUUUCGAUCGGUUAAGUAUUACACUUAGCUUCACAAGUAGCUUCGGGUAGAGUUUCGAUAAGUUGAUAGGCCUGGCUCGUUAUCAAUCUCUUUGUUAAUGACUUCGAUUUCAUUGGUACUUAAUCUAAAGUAACAUAAGUUACGUACCAGGUAGAGGCCUGGUUAUCCAGUAAUUAGUGAAUAAUACAAGUUGUUAUUUCCCCCUCUUUC